AUGGGCGAGUCCAAAUUCAGCAUUCGCUUCCUGAACAUCAGCGUUACUUCAUACUGGCAUCAUGGCACAAAUCUGUCCCUUGUCAGCAUCAUUCUCAUUAUCGCUGUCUCGCCGCUCAGCGACCUUCGUAUCAGGGCAUGCGGUGUCGCUUCUGCUUAUGCUGCGCAGGUCGUUGCUUUGGUUCCAGGAGUCGUGCUGAUGUCGAGAAGGAUCUGGCAUCAGUAUCGGGAUCCUCGUGGGUGGGAAGGGGAGCUUGGUUUCUGGUUCUGGAUUUGGACGUUGCUCAAUGCCGCCUGUGACAUGGCUUCUGGUGGAAUUGGGAUAGUAGACGUCGUCUCCGUAGCAGGGAUCGCUUCCGUGUGGACCAAUGAAAAGGUUGACGCGGUAUUCCUUGGUUUGCAGUUCCUUCGAUCUGGUCUCCACUUCUCCUUGGUGCUUCAAAAAUCAUUCCAGAAUAAGGCCGUUGAAGAGCCAGUCUUAUCAUCUGGGCAGACAAUCUCAGGUUCUGUUUCUGAAAAAGAACAAGACCAUGGUUCGCAGAGACUCCAUAUUAUCCUUGGAACAGGAUGGGAGAGAGCGAGUCCAGGCACAGAGGAGCUUCUCACAGUUCGUGCACUUCAGAGUCGAGAUAGAGAACUUCCGAAUAACUUUUCGCAGGGCAUCUUCCCAGCAUUGCCGAGAUGCUCAGCGACGCACAGUCUUCGUCUCCACCCGGCCAGUGCGACGUCCGCAUUGCAAGACGUGACACCUUUAAUCAAGAAGUUCCUACUGUGCGCUCAAGAGACUACGCAAUUCUUGGAGCAUACUCCUACACUCCUAUCCGAACAGACAAUAGCAGGUUGGACCGAACGCAACUUCAAUAUCAAUAGAUCCUUGUUCUCGCCUGGAACGGAAAACGGCAAGGCCAGGUCCAACAUCUGGGAUGCCGACAAUGUCUCGCUUCCACCCGAAUCUGAACGCCGGUUGAUCGAUAGACCGCGGAUCCGCAACUGUGGAAUCGCAGGCUCAGGACCACAUGGCCAACGCCUUGGACGAAGCGCUACCAACGGUCAACGGGUUCGAAGCAGGCUGAUGAAAAAUGCAAACGGAAUGCAGACGCCUCGGCUCGUUUUCGGCAGCGACGCAAAGAGAGGAUAG